AUGGCUAGAAUUUUUUUUCUUGGGUGGGAAAUAUAUAUCCCCUUGCCCUAUAAAGGGUUAAUUGUUGAAUUUGUUGAAGAAUUUAAGAUACAUUAUGGUGCAAAAUUUCUUACUUAUAAUGUCCAUAGUCUUAUUCAUUUGUCAUUCUAUGUAAAACUUCAUGGUUGCUUAGACAACUUUAGUGCUUUUAAAUAUGAAAAUUAUCUUGGAUUAAUAAAAAAACAAAUUAAAAAUUCUCAAUUUCCAUUACAAGAAGCUGUUAAUCGAAUAAUUGAAAAAAUGAAUAUAUUUUAUAAUAACAACAAUGAUGAAAUUACUUCAAUUGAAAUUUAUAAGUUUGGCAAAGAAUGUGAUAAUGUGAUAUUGGUUAAUAACCAUGGAUUUAUAUUUCAUGAAAAUGUAACUUUAAAUAAUAAUAACUAUUUUAUAUGUACACAAAAUACUAAAAACAAUUAUAUCAUGUUAAUGAAUAAUGAAAUAGCAUCUGUAAAACAUAUAUUUAAGCGUAAAACUGGAGAAAUUGUUUUUGAAGUUUGUACUUUAAAAUGCUCUACUUUUUUCAAUAUACCAGUUAAAUCAGAUUUAAUAUUUACCUUUAUAAUUGAUAGUACGUCUGAAUCUGAAUUAAAAUGUAUAAGUGUUACUGAAAUUAAAUAUAAAUGCUUCUUCGUAGAAAUGUCUAAUGGCAUGGCUAUUGUUAUGGCAUUAAGUCAUAAUUUGUCAUCAUAA